ACAAGCGCUGGAUCCUCCUCCGCUCCUUUCCUAUCAUCUAUUCUGAAACCAGUUCCGUAUUCAGUGCUAGCCUACAUUAAUGUAACAUCGGCGCCCACAUCAUACAGCGUAUAUAGAUAGAAUUGUCGGAUAAGAUCACACCAUCUCGACCAUGGAGCCUUGAACUGGAAUGUAAGAGAUGCGUUUACUACUCGCUACUCAGAAGCCGAGAAAACGAUGCUUACACCCACAGCACCACAGAGAUGAAAAUGCAGCACACUUGAUAUCUCCCUGGAGGGGAAGCCUGAUUUAAGAUGAAGCGACUGAAGGGGAAAACCCAGAAGUGUGGAGCAUUUCAGAAAAUCCUGUGAACUCUGACCUCCAGCCCCCAUCUGCCAUCAUUCCUUUCCCCCAAAUACACAGCACUCCCAUCCAUCAACACUCCUGCUCUGGUCCAAGAUGACCUCGCCGAGAAAACACCUGGUCAAGGAUUUCAACCACUUUAUCACAUGCUACGUAUGUAAAGGAUACCUGAUCAAGCCCACCACGGUGACUGAGUGCCUGCACACCUUUUGUAAAAGCUGCAUCGUCCAACACUUUGAAGACAGCAACGACUGCCCCAAAUGUGGCAUUCAAGUCCACGAAACCAACCCUCUGGAGAUGUUAAGGUUGGACAACACUUUAGAGGAAAUCAUUUUCAAACUCGUGCCUGGGCUGAGAGAAAAGGAACAACAGCAGGAGAUUGAGUUCUGGAGGAGUCGAAAGUCGAAGGAAAACGGAGAAGAAGAUGGCCCCCGAUCAAAGAGGUCUAGGCUGGAUGCCGAGAAUGAUGACGGUGGAGAUGGAGACUACCACAGGAGUGACCCUCAGAUAGCCAUCUGUCUGGAUUGUCUACGCAACAGCAGUCUGGUGGAAGAGAACAUUGUGAGGGGCUUAAUGAAGAAAUUUAUACGCUGCUCGACUCGAGUGACAGUCGGAACAAUCAAGAAGUUUCUCAGCUUGAAGUUAAAGCUUCCAAGUUCUUAUGAGCUAGACGUCCUAUGCAACGGGGAGAUCAUGGGAAAAGACCACACCAUGGAGUUCAUCUACAUGACGCGGUGGAGACUUCGCGGUGAAACUGACUACCCAAUGGUACUAGAAUAUCGCCCACGGAUAGACUUUGGUUGAUGGAGGGAGACGUGGGACUACUCCUGCACUAACGGCCCAUUGACAGACUACACAAUGAAUGGAUGUGCCUGGCACAAGAGACAAGGACCACACAUCUUCUUAUCAUCUGCAUGCAGUAAUCCGUGAUUGCCUCUAAUCUCAUUCUGUUCUCUUACGUUAUCCUUCAGUUUCACUGUCUGCGUUUCAUUUGUCAAAAAUGCAUCAAGGGUUUGAGAGCAUGCCUGUGUAUCAUGACAUAUUGAUUCUUUUAAAAAAAGUACCAAAUGUAAUUGACCGAAGAGUGAAGACAUGCCCUUUAAUUCUACAGCACAUUGAAGUGUCCCUAAUAAUACAAGGUGAAAUGACUAGUAGUCUGUUGUUACGCAACACAACAGAGAUAUUACAAGACAGGUGUGCGCACUGGCAAACGGCUCAUAAUAUUCCACCUUAUCUAUGCUGGAUUUCGUGUCUUACAUGGCUCCCUCCCUUAUUCCUGUUUUUAACUACAGUAGUGCCUUUCCCCACAUGCCUCUUUCAGUGCGGUGCCCUUCGAAAUUCAAACUGCUUUUCAUAUGAAAUCCCGAAUAGUGAAUUCAACAGCCCCAAUAUAUAGUCUACAUCCAACUACAAGGAAGCUAUGGAUACCAUACCUACCAUAUCCCUAUCUCAAUAAGCUAUAUUCUUCCAUUCCAUGCCAUUUUGAUGUUAUUACCGCAUAUUAAGCAAUACAAGUACUGUAAGACUAGAGUUGGCGGAAGAAGGUUAGAAGGAGCUGAAUAUCACCUACACUGUCUGAAAUGUGUAGCUGUGUGUUUGUGCACUAUGUGAACGUAUUGGGCAUUAUUGUUGACUUGUACAUAGCAGAGAUUUGUAUAGACUGUUUACUACUAUGCUGUAUGUCCUACCGGAUGGCUUAACAUUAAUUUAUUGUUGUUGCCGUAUAGAAACUGUCCCAGACUGUCGUUACAGGGUCCGAUAACCCUUGCCAUUUGUAUCUAAUGGUGGAUCAGUACACAAGUGCUUUACAUGCUUUUUCCCUCUUCACAUACAGUGCCUUCAGAAAGUAUUCACACCCCUUGACUUUUUUCCAAAUGUUUUUGUGUUACAGCCUGAAUUUGAAAUAGAUUCAAAUGAGAUUUUGUGUCCCUGGCCUACACACAAUAUCACAUAAUGUCAAAGUGGAAUUAUGUUUUCCCCGAGAGAAAAAAAAUCUGAUUAAUAAAAAAUGAAAAGCUGAAAUGUCUUGAGUCCAUAAGUAUUCAGCCCCUUUGUUAUGGCAAGCCUAAAUAAAUGAUGGAUUCAAAAUGUGCAUAACAAGACAGAUCAUACGUUGCAUGGACUUUGCAAUAGUGUUUAACAUGAUUUUUUGAAUGACUACCUCACCUCUGUACCUCACACAUACAAUUAUCUGUAAGGUCCCUCAGUCAAGCAGUACAUUUCAAACACAGGUUUAACCACAAAGACCAGGGAGGUUUUCCAAUGCCUCGCAAAGAAGGGCACCUAUUUGCAGAUGUGGGGGGAAAAAACAGACAUGGAAUUUCCCUUUGAGAAUGCUGAAGUUAUUAAUUAUACUUUGGAUGGUGUAUCGAUACACCCAUUCACUACAAAGAUCCAGGCAUCCGUCCUAACUCAGUUGCCGAAGAGGAAGGAAACCGCUCAGGGAUUUUACCAUAAUGCCAAUGGUGACUUUAAAACAGUCACAGAGUUCAAUGGCUGAAAACUGAGUUCAAUGACUGAAAACAUUGUAGUUACUUGACUAUACUAACCUAAAUGACAGAGUGAAAAGAAGGAAGCCUGUACAGAAUAAAAAAUACCAUAAAACCUGCAUCCUGUUUGCAAUAAGGCACUAAAGUAAAACUGCAAAAAAUGGGGCAAAGAAAUUAAUUUACUUCCUAAAUACAGGGCAUUGUGUUUGGGGCAAAUCCAACACAUCACUGAGUACCACUCUUCAUAUUUUCAAGUUUGGUGGUGGCUGCAUCAUGUUAUAGGUAUGCUUGUCAUUGGCAAGGACUAGGGAGUAAAAUAAAUGGAAUAGAGCUAAGCACAGGCAAAUUCCUAGAGGAUAACCUCGUACAGUUUGGUUUCCAACAGACACUGGGAGACAAAUGCACCUUUCAGCAGGACAAUAACCUAAAACACAAGGCCAAAUACACUGGAGUUGCUCACCAAGACGACAUUGAAUGUUGCUGAGUGGCCUAGUUUCAGUGUUGACUUAAAUCUUUUUGAAAAUGGCAAGACAUGAAAAUGGCUGUCUUGGAAUGAUCAACAACCAACUUGGCAGAGCUUGAAGAAUUUAGAAAAGAAUAAUGUGCACAUUGUACAAUCCAGGUGUGAAAAGCUCUUAGAGACUCACUCACAGCUGUAAUCACUGCCAAUGGCGAUUCUAACAUGUAGUGACUCGGGGUUUAAAUACUUAUGUAAACAAGAUAUUUCUGUAUUUCAUUUUCAGUACAUUUGCUAAAAUGUCAAAAAAUAUGUUUUCACUUUGUCAUUAUAGGGUAUUGUGUUUAGAUGGGUGAGAAAAAAAUAUCAAUUUUAUCAAUUUGGAAUAAGUCAAGGGGUAUGAAUACUUUCUGAAGGCACUGUAUACCAUUCAUCUUUUUCUCACUCUCAUCGAAACACCAAAGAAUAAGAGCAGAGACAAACAGCAGUGGUUCUUUUUUAUCUGUUACAUUUUAACAGAGACAUAAUAAUUAUAACAUAAUGUAGGCAAACGUUGAGAGUACUGAAGUCUCCUUGGUAGGAAACAAAAAGUUUGCAAUUUGCCACUGUAAUAGGAAUUUCCAUACAGCAGAUGUCUGUCAAUAGCAAGUUGAUGUUCAUUUGCAGUUAUGUGCGAACCAAUCAAUGGACAGAUUGGACACCACUUUCUGGAAGGGCCUACAAGUUCAAGUCUUUACAAAUCUCCGCAAGUAAAACUUUGAAGCUUACUUAGCGUUCUUGUGUACUUUCCUGUUUCACACAUGUGCUUUUUCCUGUUUGAAAUGGUAUCUCUUAUUUUCCCUAAAAACCCAGCUCUAGUGGUUUUAAAUGUUAGCAAAGUAAAUGUUUAGACCGAAUAAUCCUAGAAACGUCUCUGUGCUGCAAUGAACCAUAUGUAUUUUUGUAACAAGAAGCACUUGUAGAUAUUUUAUCUUUAAAAAUGACAUUGUUUGUUGUACAUUUAACAAACUUAAAAUGCUGCCUGGAAUAAUCUAUUCUAUUUUUCAAUGUCAAUGCACCUACAAGCAUUCCUAGAAAGAUUAGAACUGUACAUAUGCAAGAGCUGCUCUAUAUGUGACAUAAUAACAAAAAUACAAAAAUACAGAACUCA